AUGUCAAAGUCACAAAUUGAUUACAUUUGGUCCUCAGCUGAAGUUGUUUCUCAUUUCACGAGCUGCGAAGUCUUAGAUGUUGACCCUUCUUUGUCUGACAAUUCUAUGGUCACUUUCAGUGUUGAAAAUUUCUUGGAUAUCAAAAACAAGAAAAGGAAUAUCCCUUCAAAAAAGAUUUAUGAUUAUGAUAAAAUGACCAGUGACAAAUGGGAUUCUUUCAGCAAUAAAGUAGAUGCUUUAGCCAAUGGAUGCUACUUGCGAA